CCACGGCGGCCAGCCCAGGCCGGCCCAGGCUGCCAGCGUUGCGUGCCACUGGCAUGCGGCCUGGCAUCCCGCUCAGCAGGCGGCUGGCCGUGUCCUGCGCCUGCCAAACGGACAUCCCAGCGGAGCCCUCGCCGCCGGCGUACGCAGGCGCGGCGGUGGAGCCGCUGGCCCGGGUGACAGCGGCCACUGCCGCGAACCUGGCGGACCUGCAGCGGCAGCAGGCGGCGCUGCUGGUGCAGGUGUCGGCGCUGCGCUGCCAGGCGGCGGAGGCGGACGCGCUGUCGGCCGGCCGCAGCCACCACGUCGCAGAGCUGCAGCUGCGGGAGCAGCAGCUGACCGCCGCAGUGGAGGCCCUGCGCCGCCAGGCGCAGGCGGCUGUGGCAGACAUGCAGCACAGCGUGCAUGCAUGCCAGGCGGCCGGCGAGGAGGCGCUGGUGUCGCUGGAGGCGGAUAUCAGGCAGCUGCGGGAGGCGCGCGCGGGCAUGGUGACAGAGCUGGCGCAGACGCAGGCCCUGCUGGCCGGCACUGUGCGGGCGCUACGGCUGGGCCGGGCGUCGCUGCAGGCACGCAAGGCAGUGGAUAGCGCGCUUGCGGGGCUAGUGGCCUCAGCGGCGAUUGACAAUGGCGUCAGCGGGCCUCAGGCGGUGCACCACGUGCGUGCGGUCAACUGCAUGUCGGAGCUGUGCGGCCGCGCGGAGGCGAUGUCGGCGGCGCUGCUGCCGGUGGUCGCCCAGCUGUCAGCGCCCGUAGCGGCUGCUCAGCCGCGGACGGCUGCUGGCAAUGACGCUCCCAACAGCACUGCCGCGCCUGCCGUUGCCGCCACAAAUGCAGCAAUGGCAGCGGCUGCUGGGGCAGUAGCAGUGGAUGCAGCAACAGCGGCUGUAGCAGUGGCGCAGCUGCAGGCUGAGCUGAGGCGGGUGAAGAGCCAGCUGCAUGAGCGUGCUCGCAAGUACGCGGGCGUACUCAAGGCGGUCGUGGCCGGCAAGCAGCUGCCAGGUCGGUGUGGGUGCAUAAGAAGGCCCACGUGGAAGGCGACAGCGUAAGCAAGGUUCGAUCCGCACAACUCUUUGACUUUCAUAGACGGUAGCGCAUGCCUUUGCAUGCGUACCAACUGGCCACUACUACCGGUGCUGCAGCUGCAACGCCUAGCACCACCGUCUCUGCCACCACUGCUGAUUUGAGUCGGCUGAUGCCAGCUCAGCCGCUGCCGUGAAACUUUGGAUGGCCGUUGCCAUCACAGGCAACUCCACGUCAGGCGCUCGCAUCUGGGCCAGCAGCAGCAGUGGUGUGCGAUGGAACAGGGUUACGGCAGGUUGACGAAGUCCCGUAGGGUGCAGCUGACAAAGGGUGUGUGUGUUAGAAAGCUCAGGUUCUUACCCCAUGCUCAAUAUUACAGGGCUUUAGGAGAGCAUCAUGGAUGCCCUUGUAGUUUCUUAAGGGGGUGUCUGGUGAGGAAGUUCUGGGCCGCCAAAGUUGGGGGGUCGGUCGUCGUCCCUAGGGGGGUCCGUCGGGUUUCAGGAGCCCAUCCUGGCGGAUUUCAGGAAGCGGCCUUCAAGCAGCACUAGGGGCCAAACACAGCACUACCAGGCUCAUAUGUGCACGUUAAGCCGUAAUAAGCACAAACAAAGUGUGGGAAGGUUAAGUUGCUCGACCAGGCGUGGACAUGCCGGCACACAUCCCCACAGUCAACACUGGCUGGGCUCUCUAGCGCUGGUGCGCAUGAAUUUACAUCUAACAAGGCUGCCGAUGCACACUGUCCAAUCGUCACACGGCAGAGAGUUGAGCGCGGGGUGGGCUGGGUCGAGGGGAUUUCAAUGGAUAGGAUCCCGCAUGUGACUGAAGUCUCAGAACCGGACCGCUGAUGGCACAGCAUGAUAGUGCUCGUCAAGAGGAGUCGAUCGGCACCACUUUGGUAUGAAAUGGAGGGGGUUUAACCCCUAAACAACAAGGUU